CAAUCUCUCCGCCGCAAACAACAAAAAUAUCACCAACUCAAACACGCCCAGCUGACGAAGCUUCAACCCAGAUGGAUCCAAUUGGGGUUUCUCUCUACUCUCCCUCUCUGGUCAUCUUCUCUUCAUUUCCUCUUCACACCAUCCCCAGUUUGAGUACAUUGAAAUCAAAGCCUAUUUCGAAGCUCGUUUAUUCCUUUAAGACAAUGGCCGCGGCGUCGGCGCCGAUGACAACGACGACGGAGACGACGAUCUUUGGCUUCAAGAACUUGAUGGAGACUUUCACCGUCGAUGUACACAGAGCAGAAGGAAGGCCCUUGAACGUACCCCUGAUAUCUCCCUUCACGAUUGCCAAUUCGAGGCUCGACAAGGUGGAGAAUGUGGCCAUCAGGGUCGAACUCAAUAAUGGGUGCGCGGGUUGGGGUGAGGCCCCGAUCCUCCCUUUCGUUACCGCCGAGGAUCAGCAUACGGCGCUUGUAAAGGCUGGCGAGGCCUGCGAGUUCCUUAGUCGGAGUCCCCCGAUGACUCUGAGUUUGUUACUCCGCGAGAUUGGUGCUCUUCUUCCUGGACACAAAUUUGCUUCUGUUAGAGCAGGAUUUGAGAUGGCAUUGAUUGAUGCAGCGGCUAAUAGCAUUGGUGUACCUCUUUGGAGAUUAUUUGGCGGGGCAUCAAAUACCAUAACUACUGAUAUAACGAUUCCAAUUGUUUCCCCGACCGAAGCUUCUAGAUUGGCUUCAAACUAUCAGAAACAAGGUUUCGGCACCUUGAAGCUUAAGGUAGGGAAAAACCUUAAUGCAGACAUCGAAACUCUUAAAGCAAUACGGUUGGUCCACCCACAUUGCUUGUUUAUCUUGGAUGCUAAUGAGGGUUACACUUCCAAGGAAGCUAUUGAGGUUCUUGAAAAAUUAAAUGAAAUGGGGGUGACUCCUGUUCUCUUUGAACAACCAGUUCAUAAGGAUGAUUGGGAAGGUCUCAGUCAAGUCAACCGUGUUGCAAAGGAAAAAUAUGGGAUAUCUGUAGCUGCAGAUGAAAGCUGCCGGAGUUUGUUUGAUGUUCAGAAAAUUAUUGAAGGAGAUCUUGCUGAUGUCAUCAACAUAAAACUUGCGAAAUUUGGGGUUAUGGGAGCCCUUGAAAUUAUUGAGGUAGUGAGAAGAUCAGGCUUGAAUCUGAUGAUUGGUGGCAUGGUUGAAACUAGACUUGCUAUGGGCUUUGCUGGUCAUCUUGCUGCCGGACUUGGCUGCUUCAAAUUUGUUGAUCUAGAUACACCCCUUCUGUUGUCGGAGGAUCCGGUUUUUGGGGGUUAUGAAGUUUGUGGUGCUGUUUAUAACUUCACCAAUGCUAGAGGUCAUGGCGGUUUCCUUCAUUGGGACACUACUGCAUGGUAUUAACUUCUCUUUCUUCUGAUAACAUGUGCUGCUAAAUAAGACAAUGGUGGGGCUCCAGUUGAACAUUGUUUUCCAGCAAACAAGGAACUGGGCAAAGAACUUUUUCUGAAGACCAUGGUCAUUGGUUCGACAAAUCCUGAAGUGAGAUGGCCAAAGAGAUCAGCAACUCUUGAUCUUCUUUUCUGAGUGGCACAUUUUUAAGCCUUGUUGGCAUUUCCCAAAAAUUGUCACAAUUGGAUGUACCUGUCAAAUACCAAUGUUGAUUCAUGUCAUUGUGUAUUCUAGGUAGACCCACCCCAAGUUAAAUUGGUUUGGGUAUAGAUCUAUUUGUCUCACUGUGACUUCUUUACAGCUGUAUAGAUAAUAGUAAUUUCUCCAUGUUCAGUGCUGCUGGCUGUUUUUGAAAA